AUGGAUGAGGAAUAUGACUGUAUCGUUCUGGGAACAGGGCUAAAGGUUAGCUUCUUUAUUGAAGUCUGAAAAAAUCCCGGUUAUUGGUGGUUCUAUCAAUAUGAGUUAGAUCGAGUAGUAAUUCACACACCCUUUCAUUUAAACGACAUUUACAUGGGCAUGACCCUCGUGAUUUUUGAAUUCAAAAUUAAACUUUAUUAACUUAACAGUAAUCUGUGCUGAAACGAGUACUUGUAGAGUUUACACCCGAGUCAGUUUAUUAGAUUUCCCCAGGUUUUAAGAGCAACAUUUUAGUGUUCUUACAAAUGAUUAUAAUAUGGGGACUGUGUCUUUUAAAAAAAGCCAGACAUCCCAUGUUUCUUUUGCUUAAUACUUUGCCUACAUUCAUGCAACUCUCGAAUCGAAAGCAACUUGUACUUAAGCGAUACACUUUCAGUAUUUCGAAACUGUUAUUAAAGCUCAAUUUCCGUGCAAUGUUCAUAAGUAAACGCAAAGAUUUGUGGUUGAUUGGACAGUAAAAUGCAAUUUUCCUACUUUCCAUUUCCAUUCAAGUGGAUAAACCGAAACCUACAAUGCUCAGUACUGUACACAUGUGGGCCUGUGUAAAGUUGCUUCUAUAUUUAAAGGUUUUUUCCAUUCUGAUCUAAAUUCUUGGUGAGGAGGGCAAUAUGUUGAUUGUGAUUCUAGUAAUAAAUAUCAUACUCUAUAUGAAAGUACAUGUACUGGCUUUUGUUUCACAACGCCUCAAAACAAUUUUAUAUUUCAAUUUUAUAAAUCAAUGGGAAAAGACCAGGAUCUGUAAUUUACAGCAUGGACUGAGAAAGCAAGGCUAGUAAGAUGUUUAUUACAGUAUAUUGCUUUCUGUUUUGGGGAACCAAAAACAAGUGCAGGACAAGUCAAUUAAUGGUCAUUUGACAGGCGUCAGAAAAAAAAAAGAUUUAAUUGGCUCACAAAGACAAUAGCACUUGACAAAAACUUUCCAUUGAAAGUGAAAUCAUAAUACAAAUGCGCCAAGUCAAAAGUUUCUUUGGCAGUCAAAACUAAGAACACUGUAAAGUUUUAGUUCGCUUGGUUCUUUUAAAAACUGGAUACUGUUUCUGGAUCGAAAUCUCUUCCAUCUUUCUUUUGUUGGUCCUUGAAAAAACACUGCAUGUCACAGAAGCCUGUCAAGAUGAUCUGGUGCAGGCAUGUUUGUUAAUUUCGUUGUCAAAGGAACUUCUUGUGUUUCUUCCGCGUAAUGUCUCGAUCUCUGCCACUUCAUUCUCAUCUUGUUAACUGUGACCUACACAGUGUACGAUAAAAUUUUCAAUCAUGGACUAGAAUCUUCUUCUUAACUAAGAUUACAAUUCAGCUUCUUUAUCAGCUUCAUUCUCAAAUAAACACAGGUUAAAAUUUGGAAGGAGGAAGUCAACAUCCAAGUCCUUAGGGUUCACAGACAUAUGACGAUGCUGGAAAUGAUUUUUCUUGCUUGAAAGGACAUGUGUCCUUUCAAACCUUUACUUUGAAAGGACAUAUUCGAAAAUUGGUCGGUCCUUAAUUAGCAUACCGUAUUUACUCUAAUAAGCACCGAGUCACUUAUUAAAUUUUUCACGCCUCAAAUGCGGCGCUUAUUUGAGGGUGGCAUCUAUUUGAAAGUUGGAUACAACAAAGAAUAUUGUUUAGCCAUGAUACUGUUAUUUGUGGUAUUAAACUAACAGAAUUAACAUCUUUUGAUUUUGAUUAUAACGGGGCCGUGGCACCGAGAGCCAUGGCUCUUGGUGGCACUUAUCACUUUUUUGUCCCAAAUGCGGCACUUAUUCAAGGUCGGUGCUAAUUCGAGUAAAUACAGUCUUGCUUUCAACCUUGUUUGCCCCACGAUCAAAUCUCUUGAUAGUACAUGGCAAGAAAACCUUAAACCCAAGCAAUGAUUUUGGGUAACCCCUUUCAUGAACAUGUUCUUCACAUUGGCAACUGUCAUUCUUGUAAAAGAAAUAACCUUUCCUCCGAAUUUCUCAUGAUUCUAGACAUAAUUCGCAUAGAUCUCAAGCUUUGAAAAAGAAGUGAAAUAGUCUAAAUAGACCAGUUGAAUGGGAAUGAUUGCUUCCCAUCAUCUGGCAAGUUCAUUAAAUUUUGCUUGAAUAUGAUUUUUAUUCAGAAGGAAGCGGGCGUAAUUAAGGGAAAUGAAAUGUUGGUUUAGAACAUUUCUUCAUGCUUAUUUGUAUUUGUUACAGUACGUUGUUGAACGUGCUCAUUAACAAAUUCACCAUUGGUUAUUCUGGAGAAAAAGUGCCCAGGACACUAGUAGUUUUGAAAAUGGCAAUUCAGUUCAGAGAAAAAAAAAAUAGCGUACACGAUCUUUAAAUGAAAAUUUAUGUGUAGUACUGACAAACCUCAUGUAAUUAAAAAUACAUCAUUACAAAGGAACCAAAGCAGUGAUAUUUAUUUCAUUGAAAGUAUUCCCAAAACCACCAAUAAUGCUGCACAUGUCUUAUAACGUGAAUUUGCAUCCCUGUAGUAUUGAGUUAAAAGAAUAUCUUGUUUUUUUAUGGUUCACAGCCAACUUCAAGGGUAGGCAGUCAUCGUUUGCACUGGUUUGAAGAUAUUUUAUUUCAUCUCUCCCAAUUCAUAACUAAAUUUACUUUUGAACAAUGCCUUUCCUUCUGGUUGUUGUUCAAACUGGCAAAGAAAUCGCAUGGAAAGUUUUCUUGUUCAUCUUACAAAACUUUCUUCAUGUUUCAUAUCAUUGAAACAAGCAGCCAUUAGUUUCAAAGCAUGUGCUUCCAGUUGCAUGAAUUAGAUUUCUAUAUAUGGAAAGUAGAUCCCAGUAAUUCCUUAACAAAGAGAACUGACUUCAUUUCGCCAGAUAGGAAGACGAAUAGGUCGAAUAGGAAGUCUUUCACUGGAAUGCAAAGUUUGUCUUUUUAUAAUGGCGUUUUACCUUUUAAUAUUUUCGAAAUCAACUCAGGGAUGUUAACAAGCUUCUAAGACAAGAGCUAAGUCAAUUAAGUGCUCGGACAUUAUGUCGGAACAUAUUGCAAUGUCGGACAAUGUCUGAUGUCCAACAGUAAUUUCCAGCGUUGUAUGAUAACUUUGUUUAAAUCAUUUUCAGAGUUAAAAACUAAGAUUAUUAUAUAAACACCAAUGAAAUACCAGGUGAGCUUUUGCAUGAAAACUUGAUAUCUUCACAUGUGAAAAUAACAUGUUAUCUUCACAUGUGAAAAUAAUUUAUCACCAUUGCUAUGGCUACCUAAUAAAUUGUGCCUUUCACACCAAAAAACUAUUUAAGUGAAAUGGUUUGGUAUUUCAUUGGUGUUUAUAUAAUAAAUAGAACAUUACAUGUACAUGGCUGCUUGGAGAUACAAAAUUUCUCUGCGCAGCGAAUGAGUGAAAUUUUUUUUCUACAUGAGAAGAGAAAUUUCGUAUCUCCAUGCAGCUAUGUAAUAUCCUCUAUGUAUUUUUCUGCCAUCUUGUUUGGAAACAUCUUGGAAUAUUGACUUGUUUCAAAUUCAUUUCUCCAGAAAGAAUAAAAAAUAUGGAUACAAAAAAUGUACAUUUCUCUGAAAUACAUGUAUAUUAUUUAGCAGUUGGUCAUUCAGUGAAGAUUUUAUAUUUGAGGCUGAUGCCGACAACCUCUUCUCUUCUUUACAGUGCAAGAAUUAUGUAGUGAACAUGUCACUUUAUUUAUAUGUUUGUUAGUGUUCUAUGUUCAAUAUUAAAGUGCAAACUUUUACUUUGUUUUGUUUUUUUGUUUUGUCAUCCAAAUUAUUUUAUCUUACCUUGUGUGAGCUAAACUUGUACUUUGUUUGCCUUUUUUUUUUUAGUCCUUUAUGUCAAUGCAUUCAGUUCCAAGGUCCUGAGUUUUUCAACUCGCUAAGUCGUGAAAUUCAAAACAGUGAAAGUGUUGGCUUGUUUGGAAAAGACUUAAAAAGUUCCUUUUUUCUUAGUCACAUAUACAUUGCACUCUUUGCUGAGCUACAUACUUUUUCUCUUCUUUUCUUUAAUUUAUUAAUAAACUAUUUUUCAUUAAGUACCCUUAAUUCACAUGGUGUAUCCUAUAUUCUUAGGAAACCUAUACUUCCUCAGCCCCAGGCUUCUACACUGUACAGCUGCAGGGUGCAAAGAAAAUCAUUUUAACAGCUUGCCAUUCAGGCAAGAUGAAGCUAGCAUUUACUAGCCCAGACAUAAUUUUAACUAGCCCCAAAAGCUUUUUGACGAGCAGAAUUGAUUUCACGGUUCUUCUGUCAUUUGAAUUCCUCAAAAAACAUCACUUGCGUGGCGGGCAAGUUCAAAACAGAAUUCACUAGCCCGAUGGCAAAAUCAACUAGCCCCAGGCCAUCAGACACUACUUUCUUUGCGCGCUGAGCUGUAUAUACAUGUAGGCUUCCUGGCCGAUUUGUUAAUUAGAUUAGUUUCUAUCCUCUUCCUUAUUUAAAAAUUUAUUGUGUUUUUGUAAAUCAUAAAAUACAGUUAAUGGUUAAUGACAAAAUAACUGAAUGAAUGAACCUUUUUCUAUUUUAUAUUAAACUUUCAGGAAUGUGUUCUCAGUGGGCUUAUGUCUGUGAACGGAAAGAAAGUUCUUCACAUGGACCGACAGAAGUACUAUGGUGGAGAGAGUGCAUCAAUUACCCCCCUGAAUGAUGUAUGUGGAUCGUUGAUUUUUUUGACUAAUUUUCACCUUGACAGGAUGCUUUGUUUUGCCUUUUUUUGUGUCAUGGAGGUUAUUAGUUUUUCCCUGUUGGUUUGUUUUGGAUGGCUUGAUAGUGAAAAACAGUAUUGUUCAGAGUAAUGUUUUAUCUUAUGUACAGUGUAGUAGGACGUCGAUCAAGGUAGUACAUCACUGGAUGAUUGCACCAGCUAAAAACCCAGAAAUUAGCUUCCUUUUUUUCAGUCAAUUGACAUCAUUGAAAUAAUUUUGGUGCUUACACUGUACAUGUAGUAAUAUCAAAAAUUCUCAUUUGUUGUUGUUGUUGUUUUGAAUUUUAGUUCUUUACAUUGUUUGGGAAGACACUAGAUGAUGAAAACAAGUAUGGAAGGCCAAGAGACUGGAACGUUGAUCUUAUUCCCAAAUUUUUAAUGGCUGGAGGUAAGUUUAUGUUUACGUACAGGGGUUUCAAUAAGAAUUGAAGUAGCCAGCAGAUUUGAAUAGAUUAACGGACUGUAUCAAUUGUCCACAUUUUCAAGGGGUGUCUCGGGGCAUGCUCCCUCAAAAAAAUUAAUUUUUAAAAUUAUUGCAAAGCCCUAAUAAGUGAUUUCCAGCGUUUUGGGGACUAAACUGAGUAUAGUAGAGUGAGUUUUCCGCUCAAGAAGAUUUGGGUUUUAGUCAAAUUUUGAUUAUUUUAUUAGUCACACAAUUAACUCCUGCAAGCAAUGAACAAAUGAUAAUUAUACUAAGUUACGUACAUUUCCGCGUGAACAAAUUAUAAUUUUGUCCAUGGCAUUAUUCAAACUAGUUGCUUCUUCUUUGGAGGAAAAAGGAGCCGACUUAUCUGAGCAAUGUAGGCAAUGCAUUUCGUCGGUCGUCGGUCCUUAUUGAAACCCCUGUAGAUAAGUCAGUAGAAGAGAGUCACACAUCAGGUCAAAUUUCUAUAAAGCUCCACAGAUGACAAAAACAGGGAUUUUACAGCUUUUAAACUCAUUGCUAAUUUCAGUUGAUGAGCUCGGGAACUGGUUCCUAAUAGGUUAGCGAGGGAGGCAAAAUGCGAAAAAUAAGGCAAGGAGGUAACCAGGAAACCCUGGAAGUUGGAGCCACCCCUGCGAGCAGCCGCUAACUGGCACCAUCACACUGAGAAAAACCUCAGUGGAAGAGAUACUUACCAUGUGAAGUACUUACCUGUGCACCCACACAUGACAGCAGGGAGAGAGAUGAGGGAGCAAGAAUCUGCAAAGAUUCGCCAACACAAAGCUUAAAGAUGAUCUGCAACGAUCAGUGAGAGUAGCUUGCAAAAUAAUGCUAAAGGAUAGCGGCCCUGAAAACCCGAAAUCAGCUGCCCUGCACGUCACGCAUGCUAAUUCGGGGACACCGCUGGCAGCAUUGGCUCGAGAUUAACUUAGCCUAAAUAAAAAUGUAGCCACAUAAAAAAUCAGUAGAUUUGAUGCAAGCUGCCGCUAAAAUACACUAGAAAAUAAAGUCACAACAACUGUUUCAUGUAGAAAGCACUGAGACAGUCCAGGGAAUCCCAGAACUGGAGAGAGAGUUUACCAAAGGAGCUAGGGACCUUUCAUACAUAUAAUGAACGAUUGCUGUUUAAAGGGUUAAGCAACAACAACAAAGUGAAUUCGCGCUGUUUCAAGACACUUUUCAUUGUUAAAGAAGUUGCCAUUGUUCAAAAUACCAACGAACCACUCACUAUCUACAGUGGGUACACGUAGAUAGUAUGUUAGCCAAUUAGAUUGUAGAAUCUGUGAAAGUUUGCUAGUUGGUUUCUAAGUUCAAGUUUAUUCACACUAUUCAAGUUGGUACAGUAUACAGUGUAAGAUGACUUACAGAAUCAGUUGGUUAACAAGUGAUGAAAAGUAAAUAUAAAAUGCAGGUUUGUUGAUAUGUGCACAGUGAGCAAACUAGCCGAAGCUUUCAUGUUGGUCACAGGUAAACUUUCUCUCCAGUUCUGGGAUUCCCUUGACUGUUUUUCUACCGAUAAAAUUAUUUACUGUUCUGUAUGUUUUAAACAAUCUUGGAUCCCAGCUGUUUAGGUACACUGAAUAGCAACUGUUUAAAUAAAUGUUUCUGUUUUUAGGGGAACUUGUAAAGCUGCUCAUUAUCAGUGGAGUAACAAGGUACCUGGAAUUCAAACAGAUUGACGGAAGCUUUGUUUACAAGAAAGGCGGUAAAAUUUACAAGGUCCCUGCUGAUGAGAAGGAGGCCCUGGCCACUGGUCUGAUGGGUAUAUUUGAGAAACGUCGAUUCCGAAAUAUGUUGAUUUUUAUCAAUGAUUUUGAGCCCGACAACCCCAAAACAUUUCAAGGUAAGAAUGGCCUUGUAAAAGUAUUAUUCUUGUCUUGUUAGAAUGGCAGACAGGGUUAAGAGUACAAUGUACAUGUACAUGUUUGUAUUGGCAGCUUCCGUCAGACUGAAGCUUGAUUUUUUAAACAACUGGGAAAAAGGCCUCUAAACCCAUUAAACAAAGUAACUUCAUUAUUAUUGUAAGUACAGUCUAACCUCUCCUUACGGACACCUCCUAUUACGAACAGUUCGUUUGGUCCCAGAAAUGCCAAAAAUCGUACAUUCCCUACCUCUAUAAUAUGGACACCUCUGUAAAGCGGACACUCGGUUCUGUCCCUUUGGUGUCUGUAUUAAAGAGGUUUGACUGUACAGUUGAAUCUCCCAUAAUUGACCACAUAAAAUGCAAAGAGUUGGUCGCUUACAGGACAUGGUCACUUACGAGAGUCAAACUGUGGGAGGUCUUUUAGGAUGGGAAGUGCGGACACAUCUACAUGUACAGAGUACUUUCUGAAGAGAAUGUAUUGCAUGUAAUUGUUGGGUUGCAAUUCAGUGCUCCAAGCUGCAACCAUUUUGGUCACCAUGGCGAGUAGAAAAAAUUUUUGGCAACUAAAAUUGCAGUGAAAGUCACCAAUUUGGUGACCUGUGUUCAGCAUUCAUGUGCCAAGCUAUUCCCAAGAAAUUCCUGAGAUUUUUCGAGAUGCGUUUUUCUAGUAGUUAGUGUUUAUGGUCUUUUUAAGUUAAGGUGAGAUAGAUAUUUGUAUUAAAUAUCAUUUAUGCUCUGUUUUCUUUAUAAUUUGCCUAUUGUCACCCUGGUUCUCUGGGUAUUAAGCCUUCAGAUGUCGUGUGCACCCAUUUUGAUUCUUUCAAACCAUCACGCAAGGUUACACAAACUGUUCCUUUUUUUCUGGCGACAGACAUUUUAUGUCUGGUGACAAUUUUAUAAUUUUAGGUUGCCAAAAGGCAACUUCAAAAAAAUUUGAGCUUGGAGCACUGCUGUUUCUAAAAGUUAUUGUUGUACUCUGUGUAGGGUAGUACACCAACAAAAAGAUCAGACCAUUGUAUCAGGUGGUCACUCAGAAGAGGCUAAAAACAAUGGAAAAUUCUAAAAGUUUGUCAUCCUAAAAAAGUGGUUAUGGUUUCUUUUGAGAGGUGAUUGUCUACAAGAGGUUAAAACUAAAAGGCUUUGACUAAGAAACGUUUGGCAUUUUGGAUAAGGGGUCGCUUAUGGGAGGUGAUCACCUCAUGACAGGUGGUCGCACAUGGAGGUUCGACCGUAGCUAAUGCUAAUGUUGCAGUUUAUUAACAAUAAUAUUAUUGGAGGAAGUAGAGCAAAAUAUCAUGAUUAAUUGUCGUGAGCAGAUCAUAUAUUUGCCAAAGCUGAAGGCUGAGGCAAAGAAUUAAUCUGCGAGACACUGACACAUCAUGAUAUUUAUUUUUGUGUUUGCCAUUUUUACGCAAGAGCGACUGCAAGAUGGACAAAAGCGUGGUUUCAUUUACACAUGAGCAGAACAUUAUUUGCAGCCAAACACUUAAACCACAGUUGGACGACGUUGCGCAUGAGCAGACCAUUAUUUGUAGGCAGUUAUUUGCAGGUCACGUGGUGGGCUCUUGGCCAAUGAAAAGGAAGAAAAAUUUGCAUCAAAUUAUAAUUUUUAUUCCAGUUAAUUUUUGUUUUUCCAUUGUUUUGGGGUAUGGUACACUGUAAUGUACACUGUAUGCUUAUGGUUUGAUACAAAGGAAAAUUAAAAAUUGACUGACAUAAAAAUAAACUGCAACAUUACUUCACAGUACAUGUUAUUUGAUAAAUAAUUUUCAUUGAUUUGUAUCUUCUGGACCAUGCAGGGGUUGAUCCUGAGAAGACAACAAUGAGAGAAGUGUAUCAGAAAUUUGGUGUAGAUGACAACACAGCAAGUUUCACGGGACAUGCCUUGGCUCUACAUCUUGAUGAUAAGUAAGUUAUGUUUGAUCAGCAUCCAUUGAGGUCGAAUAUUUUUUGGAAGUUAUCCGCUGACAAGUUACUAGUUUUCAAAUAAUCGCAGGCUCAAGUUUAGUUUUUAAAAAGUUCAUUUGAGAAAUGUUGUGUUUAUGUCAAUAUGGCCCUGCACUAUUAAGAUUUUGAUUUCAAACUAACCUCAGACCUGAAAAUUCAGCCAGUUAUGUAAAAAUGCAGGCAGGGAAGAACUUUUCUUACCAUGGUCACGCUUUAGUCAAGCUCUACAGGUGAUAGGGUGCAAAGAAAGUCAAUUUUAAAGCUUGCCAUUCGGGCAAGCUGUAGCUAGCAUGUACUAGCCAACAAGUCAUUUCAAUUAGCCCCAAAACCCUUUUUGAUUAGCAGAAUUGAUCACAAUCCUUCUGUAAUUUGAAUUUCCCCCAAAAAACAGCACUUGCCCAUCGGGCUAGUUAAGAACUAGCCCAAUACCAAAAUUCCCUAGCCCCGGGCUAUCAGACAAAACCGUAGUAAAGUCUCGUGCUGACGGUGUUGUACACUGCUUGCGAUUCUCGGCCUUUACAUGAGGAGAAUCAAUAUUAUGAUUCAGCAACUGUCCGUUUUUAUUGAACAAAGAAACAUUUCAUUUCAGAAUGAUAUUUCACUAAAAACCAUGAGAUUAGGAGUCGUGUUGUGAGAAGAGAUAAAAAAUCGUGAGAUUCAUGGCAGAAUCAUGAGCUUGGACCAGCUUGGGACUUAAAGAGCAAUUGCUGAUCUUUUCAUCAUGUUUAUUGCCUAGACAAGUCAAAAAGCUUCAAAAGUUCAUAAGCUUUUGUCUCAAAGUUGACCAUAGUGCUAAUUUGAAACAUUCAAAGUCCACAUGAAGAAAACUUAUUGUCCCGCGACUCCUGUAAAAUGUACAAAAUCAGCACAUCAUGGAAUGGGAAUGAUCUACGAGAGUUGUCGCUUUGAUAUCAGGCGCUUUUGUGCGGAGCUGACUAAUUACAAAUGGUGUCUACAUCUGAGUGAAAUUUGCAAAUCACAGUGCCCACAAUAACUUGUUCCUUACACUACACGUAAUCCACAAGUUAAAAAGAAUUGAACUGAACUGAAUUGAACAUUGGGAAGGUUAUCUACUGAAAAUGGUUCUGCAGUUGAUUGUUGGAUGGCACUUUGGAACUUAAUUGUCUCCUUGUGACAAGAUGUCAUCCAUUGUGUGUUCGUGAUCCACAGCGAUCCACAGCAGUGAAAUGACAGGCGCUGUGAGACACAUUAAAGAACACUGUAUUCCCCUCGAUGAAUACUUCCCAAAAUAAUUAACUUUACACCUGACACGACAAGCUAAUGAGUAACUUAACUUAAGAUCUGCCCUUUGCACUUGCGACCGAUUUUCUACUUCAACUUCAAACACCAACACUUCGAAUGUCAAAGAACAAGUUCACAGAUUCAAAAAAACCCUAUAACAGGUUUAUAAUUUAUCAAUUUACUUUUAGAGCAUGUUUUUAGAAGGAAUUAAAGACUUUCUCAGCACUCUUAAAAUUAUGAAAUAUAGGCUGCCAUAAUUUCACUUCGCUUCAUCGGGUGCUGCACAGUGGGGCCUGGGAACUGCUAACAAACAUCCAGACAUCUAAACAGACAACCUUAAAGUCGUGAUCUCAUGCUAGAAAUAGGUAGCUGUCCUGUGCGGGCAGCAACAAGAAGUUGGCUAGUUUUGGGGACAAUUGUCAAGAGGAAGAAGCAGUUUUUGCAUGGCCAAAAUAAUUGUUCAAGAAUUUUUUUGGGAGACACAUUUUUAAAGAUCAGAAUUGUUAAAUUAAACUUAUCCAAGGACAUAAAUCAGUUGUAAAAAUUCUUAUGCCAUAUGCACUUUAAGCCUGGCUCUCAUAAGUUACUAACUUACCUGUGACAUAAUUCAGUGCCAGCACUUCCUGCGAUGCUGUUUUGUUGCUGCUGGUAACAAGACCCAAGGCAGGUCUUUACCACUGGCAUAGGCAUACUGGUAACUUAAAGACUGGGAUAGAUAGGUGACUUGUGUCAGCAUAUUGGAACAGUAUCCCAGGUAGUACUGGCAUUUAUUGUUGCAGAUAAGCAAGCAUCAUUUGAUUAGGAAACAGGCUUUAAUAAUAAUGAUAAAUAAUGAUGAUGAUUAUACUACUACUACUACUACCACUACCACUACCACUACCACUACCACUACCACUACCACUACCACUACCACUACCACUACCACUACCACUACCACUACCACUACCACUACCACUACCACUACCACUACCACCACAACUACCACUACCACCACCACUACCACUACCACUACCACUAGUGAUACUGUUGAUGAUAAUGAUCAUGACAGUAGUAAUUUCUAAUAUGCUUUUUCCAUGCAAAUACAUGUAUGAUCCAAAGUGCUUUACAGUGUUCAAAAAAGUAAAAUCUAAUAAUAUUAAUUAAUGCCCAGAAGCACAUAUGUGUGUAGUAAUUAAAGCUAAAAAGAAAAAAUUAGUAGUAGAACUGUCAUGAAAAUUAAUGUUUCUUGUUUCUAUUAAAAUGCCACCUCUCUACUAAAAAUCCUUGGUCUGUCCCUGAUACAGGUAGUGGAUAUCUGCCUUCUUGCAUCUACAGUGAAACCUCUAUUAAGCGGACACCUUUGGGACCUUCUGGCCAUGUGUCUGCUUAAUAGAGGGUGUCCACUUAAUAGAGUUUGUAAAAAUUGUGCAAUGUUUGUGGUAAAGUUCCGAAGAACUUUUAGGUGAAUUUUGAUGGGGGAUGACAAUCAUACGGCCAGAUGUCAGUCUAAUCCACAGUUUAUUGCAGCUAAAAUUAAUGCAUUGAUUUAUCCUCAUUAAUCAACUACAGUUCAUAUUUCAAGGAUGUAAUCUAGUACUAGUAUUGUCAAUUCAGUCCAGUGUUUGCUUAACAGAGGUUAUUAACAAUAGAAAUCAGCAAACUACAAUUUAUUUUAGUGUCCGAGUCCGCUUAAUAAAGGUGUCUGCUGAAUGGGGUUCGUUAGAAAGGGAAAUAUAUGACGUUAAUUUUGGAACUGGGCUUAGUGUCCGCUUACUAGAGGGUGUCCGCUUAAUUGGGGGUCCACUUAAAAGAGGUUUCACUGUAUUGUCAAACAGUGACAGCUCAAACCAUGGAAGUCUAAUUUUCUUUUUGUUCUGUUUUAAUUUUUAGUUACUUGGACAAACCUUGCAAGGAGACAUUGUUAAGAAUCAAAUUAUACAGGUGAUUACUUUUAUUCUGUGUGUUUAGUUUAUGCCCUUUUGGCCAAGUAUGUGGUUGAGAUUGUUGGGAGCGAGAAACUCUACCGGGAAGGGAUAGCAAAAUAAACUUUUUCUUAAUCCUUUAAGUCCCAAUAGUGACUAAUGUUAAUUUUCUCCUAACGUUAUCCAUACAAUGUCAAGAGAUUAGGUUAUGAGAAUUAAUAAAAUGAUCACCUAAGGGAAAAUGCCUUGAUCUUUUGUCAAAUUCUCUCAACUCAUUCAUGAAGGAAAUGUAUGGAGAUCAGUUUGGAGAAUUUGUAUGAAGAUAUUGGGGCUUAAAGGGUUAACAGAUGACCAAACCGUUUGAACAGGCUUUUAUUUACAAUAAAUGGGUGACUACAUGUAAAAUGAAUUGUUCAUCAAAUGAAUGACUUAGCUGUUUGAACAGACUGAUGUUUCCAAUAAACAGGUGACCAAGCUUUUCAACAGAUGACCAAAGCUGUUCAAACUGAGGCAAAUAAUGUUCUUAACAGCUGACAAACGGCUGGUAUACAGGAAGGUGUUUGAAAAUGGGUACCCAGUAGUGUAGGUUUUUGGGUGAAAGCUCUCAAAUCAAAAGCAUUGAGUGCAUGCUAUUGAAACUGGCCUUCAUUCUUUUAGUGAGAGUUUAGCCAGGUAUGGCAAGUCUCCAUAUCUGUACCCUCUGUAUGGCCUUGGUGAGCUACCUCAAGGAUUUGCAAGGCUGAGUGCAAUUUAUGGUGGAACAUACAUGUUGGAUAAGCCGGUAGAGGAGAUUGUUUAUGACGAUAAUGGGCAAGUUUGUGGUGUCAAGUCACAGGGAGAAACUGCCAAGACCAAGAUGGUUAUUGCCGAUCCUUCAUAUUUCCCAGACAAAGUGAAAAAAGUUGGACAGGUAAAUAAAAUGUCAAAAUAAUAUAUUUUUAGCGGAGCCCCAUACCUAAGAAAAUUUGGUAAUUUAUCCAUCAGAGAAAUUUCAGUAAUCACGUGACCAUCUGCCUAUCCACCCUUCCGCACCACAGAGGAGCCAAUGUGAAUUGUCAAACUUUCUAGCUAAUGCAGGAGCCUGUAACCUGUGUUAAAGCUUGAUAAUAGACAUCCAUAAUUAUGGUAAAUUAACAGCAGUCAAAAUAGGGUAUCUGCUGACCAGAGUCACAUGACUGUAUUGCGGGUUCAGGUGCCAGCUCAUUGAGGUCACAUGUUUUUUUGAAGUUUUCCACUGAGUAGUUGUUAGUUUUUAAUUGAUGGCAGGUUCAGUCCUGUUACCAUUAUGAAUAACUUUGUACAACAUAAUUAACAUUUCCAUAGAAAAGUACUGCUCAGCAGCUUUUAUUUGAUUAGAAUGAUCACAUUUAAGAUGUUACACAAAGUGUCAAAAGUGAGAACCUCUUUUCUAACUUAUACAUUAAUUUUUUCCAUAAUGUUUUAUUUGAAGGUGGUUCGUUGCAUAUGUAUAAUGGACCAUCCUGUUCCAAACCUUCCUGUUAAAGAUCAAACAUCAUGCCAAAUAAUCAUCCCUCAAAGUGCUGUGGAUAGGAAAUCAGGUACUGCUCUGAAUUUUUCUUGUUUCAUCAACAUAAAAUUAUUGCGGGCUCCUCUUGUCACUUGCAAUCCUAAUCUCCAGGUUGUUACAAUGAAUUUCGCAUGCGUCGCAUGUAUGUGCCCAGCAUUCAUUUGGACUUCCACUAAGAAUGAAUGGAAUGUACAAAACACAAUUUGAUCAUGCAUGUUUCGACCUUCUACCCCGCAUAAUCUGAUCACGCGUGUUUUGAUCAUCCAUCUAGUGAAACGUACCCAAAAGCACAGCAUUGGAGCAAAAGUGUUUGACUGCAUUUGGACCUCUGAUCAUUGUCGCCUGCACUCCGUAACCUUUGGUUGUUACUAGUUUUAAUAAAGAAUUGCUGUAAACUUCUGCCUUUAAGCUUUGGGCUGAUACAACAUAGUAAGGAGUUUUUUAGCCUGCGAAGGCAGAUGUAUUUUCGUUGUCACUUCUCUCCACCUGAAAGGGAAAUCCAUCUGCUGCACAGGCUAGUGUUAGAAGGCGAGGAGUUGUUAUGAGGGCUUAAAAACUUACGCAGAGUUCUGAUUUGACGGGUAAAGCUUUGGUGUUUCAGAUAGGUAGCAGCAGCAGCUAAUGGGAGGUAAUCAUUUACAAGAGUUGGACACAUGCGAAGGUUCAAUGCCGUUAGAAGCUGCUCCAGCUGUGGUAUCAAUCAGUUACUGUGUUGUCUAGUCACGGCUAUAAUGAUUUGUGACAGAAGCGGGGUUAUGUUUCUGUUUGUGGUUGUUAAUGAGGACUUAUAAAAUUGAGUCUUUUUAUUUGUUUGUUUUUUUAUUUACUUUUUCAGAUAUCUACGUUUGUGUUGUGUCAUUCACACAUAACGUUGCUGCAAAAGGCUUCUACAUAGCCAUUGUGAGCACAAAGGUUGAGACCAGUAAUCCUUUACAAGAACUCAAACCUGGACUGGAUCUCCUAGGAGAAGUUAAAGAAAAGUGAGUAGAUUUUCUAAGAAUAAACAAAAUAAACUGGAGUUUGUAAGUAGUAAUUUUGCGAGUAAUGUUGUGUUAGUAUGUGUAAUCAAUUGGUGACGAGUGAAAUUAUAAGGAUUUGGACAAAACGCAAGUGAAAUUAUUCCCUAAUUUAAUGAGUAUACCAUUUAAUUACCCAUUAUAUCAUGGGUGAUGAAUUACGUUAGCAAUCUUGGAUUUUUGACAUGUUUAUCCUGGAUUGUGUCGAUUGAGAACUCCACUCUUUUGAAUGUUUAGAGCCUAAAUUUGGCUCAAGUUCAGAAUUUUUCGACAAAAUACCUGUUAGAAUCCUUCUUGACGUGCUCUCUCAUGUGUUCAGGUUUUCUAAAGCGUCUUUUUAUGCCCUGGCAUCUUCAUUCAUGACAUUUUAAAACUUUGUCGCCAUCUUGCAACUGAGACGAAUGGGCGGUUGCCAUGGCAAUUUUGUAAUUUCAGAUGUGAAAUUACAAAUGCUUAAAUUUUGCGCCAAAAUUAAGGAGUACUUCGUCACCUAUUUUAUUAUAAGUAUAAUGCUGCUGGUAGUGAAACAUCUGAGAAACAAUGGACUGAAAUACACUCUCUGCUAAUAGGCCAGUUUGGAUAUAUUAACAUCCAUACGUGGCUACGUACAAGGCUCUGGGAAAUAAAACAAAAGAAAUGAAUAUUAUCAUUUAUUGCUGAGCGUCAAGAGGAUUUCUUUAUUAUUUUUAUUCCCGCAAGCCUCAUAUGUCCUUCUAUUGGGUCAGUUAAUAGUUGUGGGAUAAAGGACUACAACUGUGUCCUACAAUGUCGAGUUCUUUGUGAUUUGGGUCUUUCUUAGCCAGUUUACAGCCUGCCAUACCAGAACAAAUUUAAACUGUUUGUACAAUUAGACGUGACAAACAUAAACACUGAAAAAGCAACAGGACACCCAAGGCGAUCCAUAGAUGUGUUAGUGAGCUGCUGGCCUGGGGGCUCACACCAAUAAAAAUUUAAUAGAUAAAACAGGCUAGGAGUUUAAACUUGAAAGCACGUGCCAGUGUGGUGUUACUGGUGGUUUGUUGAGCUAGAAAUGACGGAACAUUAAUGAGAAAGUUGAGGGAGUCAAAGUACUGGAGACACUUUGCCCUCUCAUCGGGCUGAUAAAUUAGCCAACACUUUGCAACGCCAGUACUGGUUUCACCAUAAAAUGACACGUGAGGAAAGAGCGCAGAUCUAGGUAGUGCUUCUGAUUGGUCAUGGCUCAAGGAAAAUUUGCAUCAACCAAUCAGAAGUACUAGCCAGAUCCUGGCUAGUGACAUGUCAUCAGUAUGGAGUUUCUGCGUUUGUUUGGCAGGGGAACUUGGAAGGAGAUUGUUUAAUCACAACAUUAUUGCUGAAAUGUUAAGAUUCUCAAGUUUUUUUGCAAAGGGAUCAAUAACAUUGGUAAAUUUGAGGGUUUUUUUUUUGAGAGCUCUGGUAAAUUCAAACAGUUUUAAAGCUUUCAAUGGUUGCAUAGUUGAAUUCUUGAAUUUUAUUGGUCCAUUGGCGAAAAAACUUGAGCAUUUUUCGUUUUCAGAAAAAAGUUUUGAGUGGACAAUCUUCUUCCAAGUGUCUCGGUUUGAGUGUCUGCACUGUAAUAAUGUCCAAGGGUCUUGGUUUGAGUGUCAAAACUGAAAUAGUCUCCAAGUGUCUCAGUUUGAGUGUCUACACUGUAAUAGUGUCCAAGUGUCUUGGUUUGAGUGUCCACACUGUAAUAGUGUCCAAGUGUCUUGGAUUGAGUGUCCGCACUGUAAUACUGUCCAAGUGUCUUGGUUUAGUGUCAAAACUGAAAUAGUCUCCAAGUGUCUUAAUUUGAGUGUCUGCACUGUAAUAGUGUCCAAGUGUCUCGGUUUGAGUGUCCAAACUGUUAUGGUGUCCAAGUGUCUCGGUUUGAGUGUCCACACUGUAAUAGUGUCCAAGUGUCUUAGUUUGAGUGUCUGCACUGUAAUAGUGUCCAACUGUCUCGGUGUGAGUGUCCACACUGACACUAAUAGAUAAUCUUUAUAAAUUUUGUGGUUAGCAGUGUUACAGUGCAAGAGUAAAGUGAGGCAAAACAAAUGACUAUAAGUCUAUUUGGUUAAAAAAAUGCAAUUGCUUUUGAUGUUAUGCACUGUUUACUGAAGAAGAUUUUAAUUUUUUUGUCUCCUUUCAGAUUCGUAUCAGUGAAAGACACUUUGGUUCCAACUGAUGAAGGAGAAAAGUCAAAGGUUAGUUCUUAAGGGCUGUUUACAUGGAGGGGGGAUCCGAAAGUGUUAGCUACCCUUAUGGAUCCUGUAGAAAGUUUGAGGACAUGAAGUAGCCUUGCUUUCAUUAGAAAAUUAUUGGGGACGUGUGGCCUUUAUACCGAAAUAUUUAGGAGACCUUUAUUUAACAAUAAUCGCAAUACCUUGGUAUUAAAAUGUGAAUAACACAACCUCCGAAAACCGUACUUAAGCUAUUAGAAAACCUCCCAACAUUUCAGACAAAUAAAACGGUUAUCCACGAAAUUUUAGCUUUUCUCAAGCUUUAGAAUUUUCUAGGCAAUAUAUGCUCCUUCGAACAGUUAUUUUACAGAAAUAAGUCGCUGGGUGCCCCUGAGAGGUUCGACGGUACGUUUUUCUCUUUUGUAUGCCGAAUGACACACGUGAAUUCUCUAAAAUGUUAUUGAAUGUUGAUUAAAAUGCUAGAAAAAGAACGUUAUGGAAUGUGAUUUAAGCGCAGUGUUCGUUUUUUCUCGCUAAUGAAUGUACCGUCGCGUUAUCGGCCACAAUUUUACGAAGCUGAAUGCGUAUUUUCUCGUAAUCAACAGAGAAAGGUGUAGUACGUUUAUUAGUGAUACACUUACCAUGAGGACAAUAUUGUUAGCCAAUGUUAACCAAUGUGAAUUGUACCCAGGUUUUUAUCACAACUACAUAUGAUGCCACCACCCACUUCCAGACUACUUGUUCCGACAUAUUGGAUGUUUAUAAGCGAUGUACUGGAGAAGACGUUGACUUCUCUAAAGUCCAACAAGACGUAACAACGGUCGGUGAACAAUGAUGAGUGCUGAGAGUGUUAUGGAUCAUUUGCAAAGUUAAAAAAGGCCAAAAUUUUAUCAAGUUAUUUCAAUUCUUUGUGAAGAAAAGUUUGAUCUGUCAAGAAAGAUUGGUAGUCUAGAACUGAAUGACACAUUUGAUGUCAAACUAAUUCCGGGCGGAGCAAUAGGACUCUUCCGAGUCGCCUCAAGCCUCUGUUUCAAAGCGAGGCUUAGUGCGAAGCCAUAGAUUUGCAAUAUUGAUGUUUCAUUCGCACGCAAAUAACUCAUUUUCAUUACAAAGGACAAAGGUUUUGCGCUUAGCCUCGUUUUGAAAGUGAAAGUUCUUGGAAUUUGGAAAUGGCCUAUUACUCGAGUCAGUUUUCCUGUUAACUUGCAGAGCCAUAUUAUUGAUUUUGUCGACACCAAAUAGCUUGCAUGAAGGUUAUCAUCUCCUUAAAUUUUACACUAGUAAAACUGCCAUGCAAGUUUCUAGAAAAAAGACCGUAAAGGGGUGUUUACCAUUUGAGAGAAAAAUCUGGUUAGGUUAGCCACUGAGAUGAUGAUAAGUGGUUUACAGCUUA